UCGCAGUGUGAGGCUGCCUUUGAUCCCAGUUCGGGUAAACACCCCAGAACAAUCUGCUUUUGCAUUGGGGUGAGGAGCUGCACCCACAGAUGUGGACGGUUCCUGCUGCACUCGCAGGUGGCUAAAACACCAGAAACCCCUGGCAAAGACCACAUGAGAACCAAGGGCAUGGAGAAGGCCAAAGCAAUGCCAGAGAUGACCAGCCCACCUCCCAGGUCGAGGAACCGGCCGCCUCCAGCCCCUCCUCUGGGCUCUCGCUUCAUCCCGCUCAUUGUCCACGCUGGGGACCGUCCCCUCAGCUCCCUGGACUUCGUGUUCUACCGGCCCCAGUGGCCCAACUCGCUGGCCCCGUUCUGCACCUCGCAGAAACCCUUCUGUGGCUUCCGCUUCCAGGAGAGCGCCAGCCACGGCCGGCGGCGCCUCGGCGUGGAGAGCACAGAGCCCAUGAAGUGGAGAUCCUUCCACGGCCCCAAACCGUAG